GACCCAGAAAAGAGAAGUUGCUCAACAGGAAACACAGACACAAUCAAACAUUUCACAUGUUAAUCUGUCCGUCCGUCUACCUAUCUAUUAUAUUCAUUGGAGCACCAUCUCAACACCAUGUCUCUCCUUUUAGGGUUUGGAUUGCUGACCUGCAUAGCAUCAUCAGAGCCCAGUGCUGAGACCUCUGUGUUUGUGCAGAAGGGACAGGAUGUUCGCCUGAAUGUCCAGACAAAUGUUCAACUCCAAGAUGUUGAUGUGAUAUUUUGGAGGUUUAACGGAUCAGUCAAUGUUGUAAAGUACCCCCCAAAAGUUACCUUUGAAAGGUACCAAGUUAGGGCUGAAUUGAUUGUGGGAGACUUCUCUCUGCUACUGAAGAACCUCCAGGAAGGAGACAGUGGACUUUAUGAUGCAGUAGUGUCUGGUAGCAAUGACAGAAAUGUUGCUACAUACGUGUUGGUAGUUCAAGAGAGAGUUGAGCCACCAGUCCUGACAGUGGACUCUGUCUCCUCCACCAAUGCCAUCUGUAAGGUGACUGUGACCUGCAGAGGCCAGAAAACCUCUGUCACCUCCAGCUGUAACAGCAGCACCUGCUCUCAGGUGGGAGGAGAGAGUAGAGGGGCUGAGACCUCCACUGUCCCCCUGCUCUCUGUCUAUGUGGCAGGGGGUUCCAUCAUAUGUAACCACAGCAACCAAGUCAGCUGGGCCAACGACACCAAGGAGAUAGUGGAACUUUGUCCUUUGAAAUCUGUGUCUCCCCCUGCUGGUAGCAUGUCUGUGUGCAUGCUGAAGAUCAUCCUGGUGUCUGUGGGGCUGGUCAUCAUGAUCUCUGCUGUCAUCACUGUCCACAUCAGGCACAGAUUCCACUGUGGAUAGAAUCAUGUGUAUUGUAUUUUUUGUACCUCAGACAAAGUGAUUUAGACUCAUGCUUCAUUACUGAAAAAGUAGAGAUUCAUGAUGAUUAUUAUCAGUAUUUUGUCUCAUCUGGUUUUCUAUUUGAAAUAAUUGUUGGUCAUACUGGUCUUAGCCAGUCAGUUGACUGCUCUUCCCACAUAAAGCCUCCAGUUCCUUCGAUGGAUGAUCGAUCAGUCAACCUACUUUUGUUGCCAAAUUUGACACCUUUUGGAAGCAGACAAUGCUCUAUAAGGAGGAUGGGAUCCACUCUUAUCACUUCUGUGUCUGGAUCCUGUCCAAACACUACAAGGCAGCGCUGAUGCAUUGACUGAUCAAAUCAAGCUCCUCAAAAUGUAUUUACUCCCAUUAAAUAUCAUUGAUAUCAUUCUGCCACAGCUUCUCAUGUUGAUAGGUGUAUUGUAAACAGUAAUUCUGUGCCUGCUAUUUUAAUUUCCAUUGACAGCUCUGUUAGCUCCCGUUAGCUCUGUUGUUAGCGCCACCUAUGCUAUUAAUAGUUUUACAGUAUAUCAAGCUAUCAUUUUGCUACAUGUGCUCAUAAGCAUAGUGUUUUUGUUAAUAGUUCUAUUGUACUGAUUUAUCUGAAUUCUUAUAUUAGCUCAGGAACCAGGAAGCCCAUUGUGGCUAGCUCAACCAGUUCUAUUGACUCUUGUGUCACCACGGAUACUCCUGCUGUUUUCAAAUCUCGCUGAAGGAUUGGACUGUUACAUUUAAAUGUGCCUAAUGUCUAAACUGGAUGUUCCGGGUGCAUGACACUAGUCCAGAUGUUUUGUUUAUCUCAAGACCCGGCUGAAUAAUUUGAUUUUAUUUCAUAAUUAAUAAACAUUAUGUUUUUAAUAAACAAACCGUUUUGUUGUUGUAUGUGUAUAUGAAGUGUAAUAUUGGGCUGUGAAUUACAACAUUUUAUACAUUUCAACUCCACUGUAUAUCUGAUAUGGUACUGCUGUCUUCAUUUACUUAAACCCAUCACCAUGUGUGUGAGGUGUAUACUUUUGUUUCAAAGUAGAUUUGUUCAAGACCAACAUGAAACACUCUGUGUGACUCUGAUUUAACCCACUGCAGUAAAAGGUUAGGAAUAUCUGUCUUGAGUUCAGUUUAUAACGAAAGCCACUUGGAUUAAUGUACAAAAAAAACAUGUUUUGACGUUAUCAUGACUCACCGUCCCCAUAAGUAUUUGGCUAGUGAUGUUUUUGUAAAUGAUAUCAGCGACCACUGCACUAUUGAUUGCAUUGGACGUACCAAAUUGAAAACCUCUGACCCUUGAAUAAUAAAGAGAAAUGUCAAAAGAA